AUGGUAUGUAAUGAUGGACCAACUAUGGGUAUUAGUCGUUAUCUUGGUCGUCUUCUUGGAUUACUUUUUAAUGAUGCAACUCAUUGUAAAAAAUUUCACAAAACUUAUAAUGUUAGACAUGACAUGGAAUUCUAUCAGAAAAGUGGUCAUCUUCUACCAACGAUUUUAUUUACCUCAUUUAAUAUUAAUGAUUUAUGUUUAGAUUUUUCACAUCAACAAGUUAUGGAUGCUUUAGAACAUUUUCUCAAUUCUUACAACUCAUCAGAUCAUUCUAUUCAAGGUAUGACAAAUAGUACAAUUCUUCAACUUGUUCGUCUCGUACUCGAUGAACAAUAUGUUAUUUACAAUUAUAAAUUAUAUCGACAAACUGCUGGUAGUGCAUCUGGUUCAUCAUUAACUAUUCCAUUAGUCUAUAUCUAUUUAUUUUAUUGGCAACAAAAUUUAUUAGAAGAUCUUAUUAAUAAGAAUGAACUCUUUUUCAGAUAUCGAGAUGAAGCAUUUAUUACAUGGAACAGAUCUGAAGAUGAACUUUGUACAUUACUUGCUAUGGCUAAUUCACAAUUUUCACAACCUACAUGGAAUGUAAUUCAUAUUGGAUCAACUAUUCAUUUUCGUGAUAUUCUAAUAAUUAACAAUAGCGAACUUCUUCGAACAAGUGUUUAUCAUGAAGAAACAUUCGAACGGAUUAUGUUACUAUCAUCAUUUCGGGAUAUUCUUCAACCUGCAAUAAAACAAGACACAUGGAAAUGGCUACGAGCAUUUUUCUUAAAAGCCAUCCGAUAUUGUUCCGAUCAAGAUACUUUCAACGAAGAAAGGUAUGAAACGAAGUGGCAACUUAAUCUAUAUCAACUAUCUGAUAUUAUCUUCAAUGAAGCCAAUCAAGAAAUUAUCAACGAUUUUGGUGCAACAGUUCUCUACCCACCAUACACUAGAUCUAAUUACGAAAUUCUACGUAACCAUGUUUUCAACUAUGAUACAUAUCGAAAAGCAAAGAAAAAACAAAAAUAAAGACAGCAGAACGAGGAAACCGAAAUACAAUUUCAACUUCCUUAUAUACCAAACUUCGACGGAAGUACAAUAGAGAAAAUCGAACAACAAUUCAAUACCAACUUCCAUCAAUAUUUAAAAGACUAUGGAACAACACAAAAUAUUUCCUUGACGUUUAGACAAAAUCAAUCCUUCUUCGACAAAGCCAUCGAUUAUCUAGUGAAGAAACAGCCACCAACAAGUUACUUGACUUUGCCACAACAACCCAAAAUAUACACAAAGUAUGCAUUCAACCAAUAACCAACACCUUAUUAAACAUAUUGUUUUCUGUUCCAUAGACCAUCCACAGAUAACAACCCUCUUCAGGAACUGAUCAAAAAAACGCUACCACAGAAGUGACAUUUCUAACUAUUUCACUGAAUAUGGUUAUUUUCAUAUAUUAAAUAAAUCUCCACUAUUGCAUAAUAAACAUAUUUGAAAUAAACUACUAUAUUCAUUUAUAAUUUUUCAGAUUAAAAAAGAAAAUAAAACCGAAACGGAAGUACCCUGACACAAUCAAAACAACUACAGAAAACCACAAUUCAUCGUACCACAUAAAACAAGACUACAAGAAAAAACAAUAUUCUCCAUCGAACCAAUGCUGCCAAAAAACAACAGGCACAACACCCUUCCAAACAAAAUCAAACCAUCAUGGAUUAUGCUAACAUAAAAAAAACAAAUCACAAGGUAAAAACAACACAAAAAAACAUCCCCUGAGAGUUCAUACUAUAUAGACAGUACAACGAAACACGUGACAUUCGACUAACCUCAACGAAGCGCACCUCGACAACAUAGAGUUUAGACAAACGUUCUAAAAAAUCUACACACAGGUUAUCGUGGUAACUUAUGCACACCCACACCCACACCCGACUUGGGCAUACCCCUUCGUGAAAACUUCACCAUAAACACAACUUUUUACGCUCUUUCGAAUGAUGUAACUUUUAUGAACUCUGCAGGAAAUAAAAAUUUUCUUACCAGUCCAUAUGAAAUGUUUUUUUUUUGAUUAUCAUAAGAUUUUUUUUAGCCAUUUUAAGUUAAAAUAAAAUUAAAAGGCUCAAAAAUGUUUUCUUGAUUAAAAAUAAAUUCGGUCCUCAAAGAUUUGAGAGAGGGA